AAGGCCAACAAUCCUGCGAACGCGGAGCACUACUUCAAGCGCACGGUUCAGAAAGAGGAUGGACACCUGGAGUCUCAGAUCCUUGAGGGAUGGGUAAGCUGAUGGUGCACCCCUUAUGUUACCAUGAUUCCUUUACUUAGACUUCCGCAGGGCGGCGUCACAACACUCUUCAAUAUCCCGAAUUUCAGGCUUUUCAACGGCUCCAACUUCGGUGACUGGCCCUUCCUCGACCCGCUCAAGGAUUUCAAGUACCAGGCUGCUGGCGACAAGGUCCUGGCCGACGGCACCCGGUUCGGCGUACUCCACAUCGCCGCUCGCGAUGUCGACGGCAAGCACUACGGCGAGCCUGGCAAGAAGGGUAUCGAGAUUAAGUCGUUCGUCUGGUAUGGUGAUGGGGCUAAGGAUGAGUUCCUUGAGCACGAGCGCCAGCACAUGGUCAUUGAGACCAUUCGGCUGAGCAUUGUCGCGCAGAAGAACCUCAAGGACGGUCAGUUCAAGGUGCCGCCGGAGCCUAAGUCUGGUUAGAUGUAGGUGCGGGUAUGGGCUAAAACCUUUGCUGUCAUGUUGGGUUGGCGCUCUGUAUGCUUUUCCCAUGUCAGCACUCUUACUCCAGGACCGUGAACAAUUUAAUUAGAUUUCAUUACCAGGAAAGUUCAUUCCUCUGCAAAUCCUAAACCAC